CAGGGAUCGGAAUUUCACCGAUCGACGGGAGGAAAGAAGUUCUGUGAGGAGCAAAUCAAUUAUUAGAAAAGGGUAAAGAAAAUCUUUAUAAUAGCCGGCUAUUGUCUGACUUUUCACCAAUAGUAACACAACAAUUCUGGGCAGCUAGUAGAGCGGACCGGUGAUAGCAUGGAGAAGAAAAGGCCAAAGCCUGCAGAUGGAAGCGAUCCGUUUGAAGGGAUGAAGAUCGCUUCCCAUGAUGUCUUAGCUGAUCUGAAGCAACGUUCAAAGUGUUCUCUGUGUAAAGCAUCAAGAAAAUACUUCUGUUAUACCUGUUAUGUCCCCGUGCCUGCCCUGAAAGACAAGAUACCAUUCGUGAAGUUGCCUGUCAAAGUCGAUGUCAUCAAGCACUCGAGGGAGGUGGACGGGAAGAGCACAGCCAUACAUGCGGCCAUCUUGGCUCCGGACGAUGUCAACAUUUAUACCUUCCCCGACAUGCCGAACUAUGAUGAUCCCUCAGAAAAGGUGGUUCUUGUCUACCCCAGCAGUGGCGCAGUGUCCUUAGAAGAACUUAAACAGAGACAGGCCAAAGAAUUCGAUACAACCAAGAAGGACAAUGAAGUUAUCAAGGAUUCAGAUGGUCAGACGAGCAAUGCAUCGGGGUGUCCUUUCCAAAGGGUAAUCUUCAUUGACUGUACGUGGGAUCAGACUUACCAGAUCUGUAAGGAUGAACGUCUCUCAGGCCUUCAAUGCGUUGUCAUAAACGACCGGAAAACUUGCUUUUGGAGGAGUCAGCGGAAACCAGACACCUACCUUGCUACAAUUGAAGCCAUCUACUACUUCAUGGUCGACUACCAGAAGACAUUCCUUCCGGAGGAUGUGGGUUGCUAUGACAACCUCCUAUACUUCUACAGCUUCAUGUACGACCUUGUGCAUCAGAAUGAUGGGAGAGAUGUUAAGCGCAAUAAAGAGGAGAAUGGGUGAGGAAAGGUAGUACUGUGCUAUGAAAGCCUUGGAACUGCAGCCGGUCCGAGUUUGAUGGUCAAAUUGUCUUGAGCCAAACAAGAUGGGAACGAGGAGAGAAAACCAGAUGUCGUAUCCCACAUAGUAGGCAAACGAGAGUUGCAACAUUUCGGCCAAGAUCUGUGGAUAUUGACUGAUGGUCGCUGCAAGCACCUGUUGAGGCAUAAGCUAUGGUCCGAGGGUGCCGGAACCGCCACAGCUGCAAGUGGUCUGUGCACCAGGCCAAUCAAGAAUCGUGGUACUGUUAAAUGAUGCAAUUGCUAUGCGGUGUGUGGACACGGGGAUCCCUUCAGCAUCGGGCAGUGCUGCCAUUGGACGAAAUGCGGACAUUGAGGAGUUCAAUUUGGAAACGGCAUCAACUGAAGGUGUGAUCUUUGGAUGGGGAACAACUGAAAUAGGUGCAUUCCGGCAGAUGGUGGAAAGCCAUCCCUUUGGGGUGUUAGUACUAUUAUUCAGUUGGAUUGAUUUGGACAACUUCUUUAACAUGCAGUGUGUUCAUCCUGCGCUACAUAACUUUCUUCAUCCCAAUUGAGCAAGUUUCAUAGUGCAGGGCAGUCGCAUAAUGAUCCAAACUUUUUGAUGGGGCCAAACAUGACAUAUGGGACAAAAUUUAUAAACAGUUGCAAGCAACAAAUUUGACAUUUUUUAUUACAAAAUAAUAACGGUAUAUUUACUCAGGGUAGCCACUUCAGUUCUGAAAACUGUUCUCCCAGCGGGCCCUACUAUUAUUAUUACCCAGCUAAGCUAGGCUACCUAUUCAAGUGCACACAGCUUUUUACCUCACCUGGGUCGAGUGCAGCACACUGUGGAUGAAUUCCUUGCUGAAGGAAAUUACGCCACGGCUGGGAUUUGAACCCACGACCCUCUGUUUCAAAGUCUGGAGACUAAUCCACUGGGCCACGGCGCUCCAAUCUAUCCCUUAAUAUAAUUUAGUGAUAGAUUUUGACAUGAUAUUCUGAAAAUGAUAUCAUAAUGCCACCUAUUUUUUUUUCUUUAUUUUUUCAUUUUUGUUCUUGGUCGUCAAAAUUAGAGAUGGGGUGCCAUUGCUUCCAAGCCCCCCCCCCCCCCCAUCUGUACGCUAGUGGUGCAGGGUGAGUUAAUGCAUAUAAUUGCAAUGACAAUCCAGGAGUAGUAUCACAUCCAGUCAAAAGAAAUUCCUCGAGUGCUCAAACACCUCAUCUGGGUAUGCGUGUUAAAGUCAGGGUUAAAAUAUUUAGCACUUUAGAAACAUCAUAUUAUACAAAUAAUGAAUGUUAAUGAGUGCAAUGGACAGAAUACUUCAUAAGGUGAAAGAUGAAAUGAUCCAUUCAACAAGGCGUAGUGGAGUUGAAUGGAUCAUUCAUUUCAUCUUUCACCGAAUGAAGUAUUCUGUCCAUUACACUCAUAAACAUUCAGUAUUUGGUUUAUAUGACACCUAAAAUAGAUUCUUUGUUAAUAUGAAAUUUGUGUAUUUCGAGGCAAAAUAGGCUCAUUCAGUGCAAGCUCGGUCUGUUGACUAUCGUGUACAUACAACCUUCACGUUGCAAACACGAAUGGUGCCUGCAGUCUGGGUGCGCACAUGCAAUGGACAAAAUCGUAUGGAUCCAAAAUUGCACGAUGAAUGGGUCUAAAAUUACAAGGUUGAUGACAUCAUUGUAAAAUGAGCUGAAUGAUCGAUAUCGACCAACCAAAUGACAAGGAUCUAUCUAGGUGUCGUAUAAUAAGUGCUAUAUACAUGUUGCAUAUUAAUUAUUAAUUAAUUCAUUCAUUCAUUCAACUUGUGAAAUAUAAAUUGAUGAUAAAUUACAA